CACACUCCACAGUAUGCUCGCGGCGACGCACGCAGCUCCAAAUCGGAACCCUAACCCUAGCCCGCGUCCCGAGUUCGAUCCGUGCUCCCGCUGGUUCUGAGGCUCUCCGCGGCGAUGGAGGAGGAGCAUAGGCUUGCCGGAGGUGGAGGAGGUGGGAGGCCGCCGAUCCCGGCGGCGGCGGCGGCGGGGAGGAAGCCGGGGCUGGCGCGGCAUGCCUCGUUUGCGAGGAGUCCUGCAAACAGCACCAAAUCUGGAACUGAGAAAACUUUUGAAAGCAUAGAUGCUGCUGCAUAUGUGCCUGUUGUAAGGUCAGGAGGUUGGGCUGAUAUUGGGUUGAGGCGCACAAUGGAGGAUGUCUUUAUUUGUUCUGAUAACUUCAUUCAAGAUUUUGGACUUGAGAGUUUUGAAGAUGGGCCCAGCGCAUUUUAUGGGGUUUUUGAUGGGCAUGGUGGAAAGCACGCUGCUGACUUUGUGUGCAGCAAUUUGGCAAGGUUUAUCAUUGAGGAUGAAGAUUUUCCAAGGGAAAUAGAGAAAGCUCUGUCCUCAGCAUUCUUACAGACAGAUGCUGCUUUUGCAGAUGCUUGCUCUAUGAACUCCUCUCUUGCAUCUGGCACAACUGCUCUUGCUGCUCUCGUGGUUGGGAGGUCACUCCUGGUAGCAAAUGCCGGUGAUUGUAGAGCAGUACUUUGUUGUCGUGGAAAGGCAAUUGAAAUGUCCAGGGAUCACAAGCCAUCUUGCAACAGAGAGAAGGUGCGCAUUGAAGCGUCUGGUGGUUAUGUUUAUGAUGGCUACCUGAAUGGGCAGCUUAAUGUUGCGCGGGCAAUUGGGGACUGGCACAUGGAAGGAAUGAAGGCAUGCGAUGGUCUUGGACCUCUUAGCGCUGAGCCUGAGGUGAUGAUCAGGAAUCUCACUGAGGAAGAUGAAUUCCUCAUCAUCGGUUGUGAUGGGAUCUGGGACGUAUUCCGCAGCCAAAAUGCGGUAGAUUUUGCCCGCCGGAAGCUCCAAGAGCACAAUGAUCCUGUUACCUGCUGUAAAGAACUAGUUGAUGAGGCCAUCAAGAGGAAGAGUGGCGACAACCUUUCUGUAGUUGUCAUCUGCUUCAACUCUAGGCCGCCUCCUGUCCUAACAGCUCCAAGGCCCCGUGUACAGAGGAGUAUAUCUGCGGAAGGCCUGAGGGAGUUGCAAAGCUUCCUUGAUAGCUUGGCUGAUUGACAUGAGGCUACUUCCUUGAUAGAAGCCUGACAUACUUUCCUUAGUGUACGUCCAUUGCUUAGCAUGGAAUUUAGGUUUAGUGCGGCUAUUCCAAGGCUUAGUUCCAGCUAUCUCAUAAUUUCCCCGAGAUAGCAGCUGUUGAGUGAUCCGGUGUUGUAAUAUAUGCUGCGGCUAAUUCUAUCUGCAGUUAAGUAUUUAUUGGUUCAGGGAUAUGUUGUCUUAAAAGUCUGGAAUGAUCAGAGAACAUUUCUAAGAUCUCUGAAAUGGUGAGUGGAGUUCUCUAGUAUGUAUGACUAUGCUUGCAAAUUUUGACAUGCUAUGAUAACAAAGCGAUGUUUAUUUUA